UUAUUAAAUAGGGUUGCUAUGUCUGCAGCGAAGAAGUUGACGACAGGACUGACUGGCUUAGCUGUUCAAUCUAAGCCUAAUGAUAUGCUGAAGCUCCUGUACAACAAAACCCUAAUGCAUCUGACAAAGUAUCCACAAGACAGCAAAUACAAAGUUGCGACAGAACAUAUUGUUAAGAAAAAACUGAAUUACGUCAAAUCGGAGCCGGAUAGAGAAAAGCUGGAACGAUUACUAGGCGUGCAACUUGAGGAAGCUAUCAUUGACGCUCAGCGAGAAGUCGUGUUGUCACGAACCUUGAAAGAAUAUCAACCAUGGCAGUCUUUAAUGGGAGAUGCACCUCCUAGUCAAUACGAUUGGCCUCCUAUUUCAAAGUUUCAUCAGAAAUGAAAGAAUUUAAUUGUCGAACUAACUGCUGAAAAUCUUAAAACGGCUAUAUAAAUUUAAUUUUUGGAUUUGA